GACACUUGUAUCACAGAAGUAAAAUAAUGUACGAUGGAUUUAUGUUUUGCAGUUGUUAAAAACGUGAGUUUGUGUUUGCUAGUAUUACUAAAUUUUAUUCUGCAAUCGUUUUCUUUUUCUGGAUUUAACAAGGAGCCCACAAAUGAAAAAGAAAUAGAAGGUGGACUAGCAUACUUUACGUGCAUUGUUAUGGAAUUAAAAUCAACGGAGUAUGUCUCUUGGAAAAAAAAUAGUCAAAUUAUAAGCAAUGGAGCAAAUAUAAUUGAUGAACAGAUACGGAAGCGUUAUUCUAUAGAUUUUAAUGAACAAUUUGGCAAGUACAAUUUACAGAUUCUUAAUGUCAAAAGGCGAGAUGAAGGUGAAUAUGUGUGUACAGUAUUGAAAGGCGAUGGCAAAACAGUUGCGGAGUCUAAUUCAGCAAACUUCACAGUCCUCCAAACUCCCAGAGAACAUUACCCAAUUUGUUCUCCUAUUGCAGCCAGUUAUGCUGUUGGACAAAAUAUUGCUGUUUCAUGUAUAUCAGAAAGAAUCGAACCUCCUGUUCGUUUAGCAUGGAUGCGCAAUAAUAUUUAUAUUACGUCUAAAUUUGUUCAAGAAAUGACUAAUGAUAAUUAUAUUGUAACUUAUUCAUUUGUUGCUAAGAAAUCCGAUAAUAGAGCAUUGUUUUCAUGUGAAUUAACAACUUCCGCUAACCCAUCCAUUAAGCGGAAUUGUUCCAGUGGACCAAUUAACAUUAUAUAUGCUCCUCUCGUACGUAUCCAACAAACACGUAACGUUAUUAUUGGUAAAGAAGCCAUUUUUAUAUGUUAUAGUGACGCAAAUCCACAGGAAGUAACUUUCGAAUGGACUUUCAAGCCUCCAAUUGAUAGACAUAUGUAUAUGUUAGAAAAUGAUCGUAUUUUGAGAAUCUUAUAUAUUACGACAAAUUUAAAUGGCACUAAGGUUAUGUGUCAAGUCACAAAUUCUAUUGGAAGUGGUUCAAACGUAUUGUAUAUCAACGUUGAACGCCAAAAUAUAGUUGAAAAAACGAAAGGAUCUAACGAAGAGAACCCAGAUACCACAAACUCAAGAAACAAACAGAAAGCACAAGACACAAAAUCCAACAACAAACCCCAGGAAUCGGCGACAGCAUCAUCUGAUCCACAGGUAGAAAGAACAGUUAUCUCAAUUUCACUAAUUGUUGCCAUUGCAGUAGCAUGUAUUGUAGUGAUCCUAGGUCUAGCUAUGAUACCCGUCGGUUACAUGAGAUAUUCACGGAGACAACCAAGUGACACCGUCAGUAGAGGAAGACCCGUUUCUAUACCCGAUGUAUACUUUGAGCCUAAGGAUCACGUGGAUCCUAUGCUACCACAGUUAGGCUUAGCAGCUCCAUGGAUGAGGACAGUAGGAGUUCAAGUCCCUGGUGAAUGUGAAUACGAUAUGACGUAUACACAGGUAUCACCACAGUCACGUCAGGCAUACUACUCCCAGAGGAUGUACACGGCGACGGAAAACAUUACAAAAAUGCAGUUUUUAGUGUUGUUUAUUUUAACUAGCAUCUAUCCUUCUAACAGUUUUACUGGAUUCAGAAAAGAGCCUCAAAGCGACAGACAACCGGAGGGUGGAGUAGCUUAUUUUAAUUGCAUGGUGAUUAGUCUCAACAGUGUGGAAUACGUCUCAUGGAUACAUAAUGGUAAGAAAAUAAGUGAAGAUGAAAUAAUCAUUGGUGAUAAAACAGAUGAGCGGUAUACAAUUCACAGUGAUACUUUACUUGGUGCAUAUAACUUAAAUAUUCAGAAUAUUCAACGAAUGGAUAGUGGACAGUUUGUAUGUACUGUGUUUGAACGUGAAAACAAUGUUAUUGCCCAGUCGCAGCCAGCAAAUCUAACUGUGCUUCAAAUUCCUCGAGAACAUUAUCCACUUUGUUCUCCUAUCUCAGCUAGUUAUAAUAUUGGAACAACUAUUAUUGUUACGUGUACAUCCGAGUUAACAGACCCACUUGCGCUCUUGAGCUGGAAACAGAACGAUGCUGGUGUUAGACCUGCACAAGUUGAAGCAUUAAUUGAUGGAGAUAUGUACAAAAUAUCGUAUUCAUUCAUUGCAAGUGAAAAUAAUCAAAGAUCUAUAUUUACAUGUGAGAUGACAACCCCCGCAAAUACUGCAAUACGACGAAAUUGUAGUACUGGACCAAUCAAUAUUCUUUAUGCUCCACACGUGCGCAUCGAACAAACAGACGUUGCCAUACUUGGGAAAGAAGCCAUAUUUAUUUGCUACAGUGAUUCAAAUCCACCAGAAGUAACAUUUGAAUGGACAUUUACUCCGCCACUCGAUAAAACAAUGUAUACACUAGAAAAUGAACGCAUUUUGAGAAUUCUCAACAUGCAAAAAAAUAUAAAUGGUACAAUUAUUGAAUGCAAAGUAAAAAAUUCUAUUGGAAGUCGGUCACAGACUUUUAAAAUCAUUAUUUUUAGUUCAGGUUCAAAAAAUACUAAUAGCCCAUUUGAAAAAGGGAACAUAAAUACAGGAAUUGAAGAGGAUAAUUUAGACACAGAAAAGGCCAAUAGUAAAUAUACAAAGUCAGAGACCGUCGACCCUGUAAACAGAAACAAAAAGAAUGAAGACUUCUCAGUAUCACUUGUUAUUGCCAUUGCAGUGGCAUGCAUCAUAGCAAUUUUGGGCCUAGCUCUAAUACCCGUCGGCUACAUGAGAUAUACAAGACGACAGCCAAGUGACACCGUCAGUAGAGGAAGACCUGUUUCUAUUCCUGAUGUAUACUUCGAGCCUAAGGAUCACGUGGAUCCUAUGUUACCACAAUUGGGCUUAGCAGCUCCAUGGAUGAGGACAGUAGGUGUUCAGGUUCCUGGCGAAUGUGAAUAUGAUGUGACAUAUGUACAGGUAUCACCACAGUCUCGCCAAGCUUACUAUUCACAAAGGAUGUACACGGCAGCAUCACUUCAAAAGAACAUUACAAAAAUGCAGAUAGGCCUAUUGAUGUUUUUGCUACUGUUAGCUUGCAUUUAUCCAUCGAGAUCAUUUACAGGAUUUCGCUUAGAGCCACAAAAUAACCGACAACCGGAGGGUGGAGUAGCUUAUUUUAAUUGCAUGUUGGUUGGACUUAACAAUAUGGAAUACGUUUCGUGGAUUCAUGAUGGUAAGAAAAUUAGUGAAGAUGGAACAAUUCUUAACAAUCAGUUAGAUGAUAGAUAUUAUAUCGAUGGUAAUGCUUUUCUUGGAAUAUUUAAUUUGCAUAUUCGAAACGUUCAAAGAGAAGACAGUGGAUCAUUUGUAUGUACUGUGUUUAAUCGUAAAAACCAUUUAAUUGCCCAGUCGCAGCCAGCUAACUUAACUGUGCUACAAAUUCCUCGAGAAAACUAUCCACUUUGCUCUACUAUCUCAGCUAGUUAUAAAAUUGGUGAAAGCAUUGUUGUUACUUGUAGAUCAGAAAUAACAGACCCCCUUGCGGAUUUGACCUGGAAACGUAACGAUGCUGAGGUUAGGUCUUCACAAGUUGAAACAUCUAUCAAAACAGAUGCUUACAUAAUAUCCUAUUCAUUCAUUGCCAGUAAAAAUGAUCAAAGAUCCACAUUUACAUGCGAAAUGACAACUCCAGCAAAUACUGCAAUACGGCGAAAUUGUAGUACUGGACCAAUCAAUGUUCUUUAUGCUCCACACGUACGCAUCCAGCAAACCGACGUUGUCAUACUCGGAAACGAAGCCAUAUUUAUUUGCUACAGUGAUUCAAAUCCACCAGAAGUAAAAUUCGAAUGGAACUUUUAUCCACCACUCGAUGAAAACAAGUAUACAUUAGAAAAUGAUCGCAUUUUGAGAAUUCUCAACACGGAAAAAGAUAUAAAUGGUACAAUUAUUGAAUGCAAAGUAACAAAUUCUAUUGGAAGUCGAUCACAGACUUCUAAGAUCAUUAUAUUUAGCUCUAGUUCAAAGGAUUUUAAAAGUCCAAUAGAGGAUAAAAUAAAAACAGAUAUUGAAGAGAAUAAUCCAUUCACAGAAAAGACCAACAGUAAACAUACAAAUCCAGAGACAAUCGACUCAAAAAAACAGGACAAAAAGAAUGCAGACUUCUCAGUAUCACUUGUUAUUGCCAUUGCAGUGACAUGCAUCAUAGUAAUUUUGGGCCUAGCUCUAAUACCUGUCGGCUACAUGAGAUAUACAAGACGACAGCCAAGUGACACCAUCAGUAGAGGAAGACCAGUUUCUAUACCCGAUGUAUACUUUGAGCCUAAGGAUCACGUGGAUCCUAUGCUACCACAGUUAGGCUUAGCAGCUCCAUGGAUGAGGACAGUAGGAGUCCAAGUUCCUGGUGAAUGUGAAUAUGAUGUGACGUAUACACAAGUAUCACCACAGUCACGUCAGGCAUACUAUUCACAAAGGAUGUACACGGCGGCAUCACUUUGAGUUCUAUUAUUAUUUUCCAACGCAUUAAGA